AUGAUGUUUCUUAACAAGAUUAAGAGCUUAGCACUCUUGCUACUAGUAUUUACAAUACUAUUCAAGCCAGAUAUAGUUAUUGAUGGGAGAAAUCACUUGCUUUAAAUGUACACCAAUAUUUAAGAAAAAAAUAAUGAAACUAAUACCUAACCAGAUGUCAAUUUAUAACAAAAAAUGAAAGAAAUAUAAGAAAACCAAAAGAUUUUAAGCAGUCUUAAAUUCUAAGAUUCCUCAACUCAGGUUAUUGACCAUGCACUUAAAUAUGCUAAAUACAGAGAACUUGUUGACUAUUAAAUUUCGGAAAAAUCAGAUUUUUUUGUUCGGCAUAUCAUAUAAAAAGUGCAACCUACUAAAUUUGAAUUGAUUUACAAAGGUACAAGAGAUGGAUUUAAAUCUAGAGAUUUUCAUUAUCAUUGUGAUGGGUAAGGGCGACAAGUUAGUUUUAUUUUAAGUGAAUAAGGUAAUGUAUUUGGUGGAUAUUUGUCAAAUUAAAAAUCUAAGGGAGGGUUUUAACAAGAUUAAGAUGCAUUUUUGUUUUCAUUAACUUAUCAAACUAAACAUAUAAGCAUUAACGAUUAAUAUGCAGGUUUUUAUGACAUCAAUUAUGGAUGGACUUAGGGUGGAGGCCAUGACUUAUAUAUUUCUAGUGAUUGUAAUAUAAAUGCUGAUAGCACAAGUAAUCUAUAUAUUACCUAUGAAUGGGUACAUGGAUACCAUAACAGUCAUGUAAUGAAAAGUUAUUUAGCUGGAGCUGAAUAAUUUAAGGUAUUAGAAAUAGAAGUUUAUAAAGUGCUAAAUUGA